GCAUAUUCAUGGUCAUUUUGACAACCUUUUCUUAAAAGGUGACGAAAAAAUCUGUGCAAAUAACAACGGCAGUGGGCAGCGCAAGUAUUUAUUUUAUUUCAUGGAGUGAUCAUUUAAAGACAUUUACAAUUCAUAAUUGAAUAAUUCUGCCUUGGGCCAACUUAUUGUGAUAACAUAUAGUGUAAAUUGAAAAUGUCAACUCCUGCCAGACGACGGCUAAUGAGAGACUUUAAACGCCUUCAGGAGGAUCCACCAACAGGAGUGUCAGGUGCACCCACCGACAAUAAUAUAAUGAUCUGGAAUGCUGUGAUCUUUGGGCCUCAUGACACUCCAUUUGAGGAUGGAACAUUUAAGCUUACUAUAGAAUUUACUGAGGAAUACCCAAACAAGCCCCCAACAGUUCGAUUUGUAUCUAAGAUGUUUCACCCAAAUGUCUAUGCAGAUGGUGGAAUAUGUUUAGACAUAUUGCAGAACAGAUGGAGUCCUACUUAUGAUGUAUCUGCAAUUUUAACUUCUAUUCAGUCUUUACUAAGUGACCCAAACCCUAACUCUCCAGCAAAUUCAAUGGCUGCUCAGCUUUAUAAAGAGAACCGUCGAGAGUAUGAAAAGCGGGUGAAAGCAUGUGUUGAACAGUCUUUUAUUGAUUAACCAGGCAUAAAUGGGAGCUUGGCCACCCAUUAUAAAU